AUGCCAUGGCAGCGGUCCCUCAAGCCACGGUCUCGAGGCUUCCUUCUAGCCUUAGUGAUCCUGGGCUUGGGCUGGACCUGGGCCUACUCGAGGCUUCCCCCAGCCUUUGUGUACGGCUGCAACCUCGUGCCAACGCGGCAUACGAGCCGGCGGGCACAAGCGCAAGACGUCAUGAAGGAGACACUGGCGGACUUCUCAGAAGCCGUGGUCUCGGAGAACUCCACUGCUACAGGCAGCAUUCCAGAGAGCACUGCUGACUUCUGGCGACUGACGGACAGUGAGAGGAGUAUUGGCGGACGGCGAUCAAAAGUCACUAAGUCAGCUGCAAUCGUUUUACUGGGGGUGGUAACAGUCUUGUGGGGUUCCCAGCAUUCCAUCAUCAAGUACACCCUGCAGCAGGGCGCCAACGACAGUCUUCAGGCUGCAUCUUUGAAUCUGGUUCGUUUUGGCUUGGCGGGGCUUUGCUUCUCGCCCUGGCUGCCGGUUGCUCGCCCGGAGCGUCAAGGUGUACGGGCCCGGCUCGAGUGGCGAGCCGGUGCAGAAUUAGGCUUUUGGCUGUUUUUGGGCUUUUGCUUACAGGCAGCGGGGCUUCUGUAUACCACGGCGCAACGCAGCGGCCUCCUGCUGUACCUCAACGUGAAGCUCGUCCCUUUCUUUGCUUGGUCCAUCUUUGGCCGGGCAGUUCCCCUUUCAGCCUGGCUGUCGGCGCUCGCAGCAUUCCUAGGGACCUUGUUGGUCGCCAUGGAUGAUGCUGCUGGGGUCGACCCCAACGUCGGAGACCUGCUGAGCUUGCUCGCAGCGGCAGCUUCGGCAAUGUUUAUCCUACGGCUGGAAACGUUUGCGCCUGUUACGGACGACAAGGCCAUCAAUGCGGUCAGCACGCUGUCUGUUGCAGUGCUUUGUGUUCCAUGGGCACUUCUGGUAGCUUGCGGAAGCGCACCAGCAGAGGUGCUCGGUGGGCCCUUAGAUGGCCUCGCUGCCUCGGCAGUAACCAGCGUCGCAGGACGCUGUUGGGAUCUGCUCCUCAACCAACCGUGGUCGGUGCUCUAUCUUGGGGUGCUGACGACGGCAUUCACGAACUGGCUUCAGACCAUAGGUCAGCAAAGCGUGCCGGCCACAACGGCAUCUGCCAUCUAUGCGCUGGACCCGCUGUGGGGCGCUUUCUUCGCGUACCUCUUCCUCGGAGAAGCUCUCGGGCCGCAGGGUCUCCUGGGAUGCCUUUUGCUGUUCGCAGUAUGGCUCUACCAACUGGCAUCCACACUUUCAGAGGAGGAGUCAGAGCAGCCUCGUAGCUAG